UGAAUCAAAUGUGAUUUAUCUGCUGUAGCACCGACGGCGAGGGAUGAACUACGGUGUUGAUACAGCGGCUCCUCUCCUUUAAUCGGCGUCAGGCAUGUUGUUCAAGAUGGGGAAACUCAAACUACUCAACACGAUUGCUCCUGCAUACUUCUACGCUGCAACCGUGGUCACAUUCGCUCUCCACUUCCUCCUUUUCACGCCCACCAUUUUCCAAAGCUCAGAUGUGACUAUAAAUCCCGCAAUGCUGGCUCACAUCAGCAUCUUUCUAUUCCUCAUGGGGAAUGCGCUGGGUAAUUACAUCAUGACUAUACGGAACCCAUCCGAGAGUGCCAACGAGACCGUUAUCCCAGUCUGUUCACCCGACUGCCCGGACAGAAUUGAUGCGCACUACCUCCUGAAUGGACGCCACUUCUGUAAAGUGUGCAAAAAGGUGAUUCUAAAACGGGACCACCACUGCUUUUUCACUGGAAACUGUAUUGGGAACAGGAACAUGCGCUACUUUAUUAUGUUCAGCAUCUAUACGUCCAGCUCUUGUCUAUAUUCAUUGGUAAUAGGGGUGGCAUAUCUGACAAUAGAGUACUCUAUUUCCUUCGAGAACCCACUGACGUUCCUCACUCUUCUGCCACUCUCGACUGGUUACUUCUUCCUUGGUUUGAUUUCAGGUCUCCAGUUCUUUCUGGUGAUAAUGCUGUACAUCUGGCUGGGUAUUGGACUAGUGAGUGUUGGUUUCUGCUGUCAACAGCUUCUGCUAGUGGCCCGAGGACAGACCUGGUGUGAACUGCAGAAAGGCCAGUUGUCGGAGUGUCGUGGUACCUGGCGAGCAAACCUGACUGACGUUUUUGGUUCCCAUUGGGUUCUGGGACUUUUCGUGCCGGUUCCGACUGUCGAGACUGUACCUGGAAACUGGCAGGUCUACCAUGAUCACAAACACGACUGAAAACUUGCCAAAUCACUCUGUUUACCUUAAUUUGGACCAUAUAAGGGCUUCAGUUCAUUUGAGCAGCUUAAGCCCAUCCAACAGAUCUGCCUUUUUAGUGGAUUUCUGUCAUCACUGAGUAAAUUAGGUGAGCGUUAUAUCACCAAGAUGUGAUAACAUCCAUAUCUAUGUCAAUCAGCACUGUGCUGAAACCCAAUUUCAGCCCUAGUUUAGGGCAGCAGUGAUUAGAAGCAGCAAUGAUAGAGGAGGUCAGGAUUAAAGCAUGGAUGAGUUUAAACAGUAUUUACAAAACAAUCAUAUUAGGUAAUCAGAACACAUUUACAGUGGC